AUUCUCUGCUUCACCUUCUCUGAAUGUUUGAUUGAGGUCGAAACUCCAUGUUUUCUCUGGAUGUUGCGUUAAUGGUGGUCGAUUUUCUCUUUGUAAUUGCAGAAAUUCGCGCAUUAGGUUUUCGUAAUUGGACGAUUUGGAGGUUUCCGGCAUUGUUGAUCGAAAAUUGUAGAUUUCUCUCUCCUCCAUGGUUGCUUGGUGAAGCAGCUUUGAAUCUGGAAAAUUGGAGUUUUCUCUCUCCUCCAUUGUUGCUUGCUGAAGGAGAUGUUCGUUAUUUUGGAAAAAAGGAAAAAAAAAAUACUGUUCACACGUGCGAAAAGCCGUUGUUCAGUACUUUACUGCACACCGGUUGUAUGUAAAACUUUUUGUUUAAAUAAUCAUAAUAAUAGCUAAUGAGCCGAGCCUAGUUAGACAAAAGGGCCCAACCUCCCAAUGAACAAUUGGACAUCCCAUUCAAUUAUCAACCCAAGACAAUUAUUUUAGCGGGAAAAAAUGUUCCAGAAAGAAGACAAGUGUACAUACAUGACAUCAGCAGUUAUGUUUUUUUAUUUUAUUUAUUACAGAAGACUCCAUUACUAUUCAAGCUGAUCUCUUCUCUUUCUGCGUUGUAAAAAACUAAAAAUACAGAAAAAUCUGAAAUUUAACCCGAAAAAAAAAAAUGUCGGAUCAAAAAUUUCCAGGUGAAUUUCCCAAUGAAAUAAUCACAAAAAUCUUAACUCUAUUACCCGCAAAAUCCGUUUGUCGAUUCAAAUGUGUUUCCAAAACUUGGAAUUCCUUAAUCUGUAACCCCCAUUUCGUCACUUCCUACAUUACUCACAACUCAUCUUCAUGGAUUAUCGUUGAUCGAUUUGUCACCGAGUCAAAAGAGAAGGUAACUCAGUUCAACCCAGCUCAAAACCCUAACAUUUCAUCACUUUCUGCUAAUCAUCAUCGUUUAAUUUACGAACCAGUUACUAGUGACUGGAAACCUACCAAAAACCCACCUGUAAUUUUAGCUUCUAGCAAUGGGUUGCUUCUGUUUUCGUUUGCUAUCGAAAGAGAUCCCUUUAAAGAACAUGAGAAAAACCCUAAUCAAUUUUCUCUUCUCAAAUCGGACUAUGUUUUGGUUGUCAUAAACCCAGUAACCGGUGAGUGGGUCCCACUUCCGAAACCCAAUCACUCGAUUAAUAAGCUGAAUUCUGUAGGGUUUAUGUCUAGGCUUGAUUGUUAUUGUAAUGGGGUUGUGGAGAAGUUUAUUGUUGUCGAGUAUCAACCUUUUAUUGGGAGUGAUUCUGGUUAUUUGUUGUGCUUUUCGUCGGAUACCGGAAAAUGGGUUUAUAAACCUGCUACUUAUAUGCUUGGGAUGCAUUUUUGGAGGGCUGAAGGGGUGUUUGUGUUUGCUGGACGUUUCUUUUGGGUUGAUUUAAGUUGUGGGGUGAUUACUUGGGAUGAUGAUGACCCUUUUCGCCGUGUUGAGGAGGAGAAGGAAAUGGCUCGAUGUCAGUUUAUUCCGCUUCCUAAGGGGUGUAGGAAGCCCUUUAAUACUCUGAAAUUGGAGGAUGAACGAGACAUUUUUGGGGCUGGAGGGUAUAUUCACUAUAUGGAGAUGUUUAGAAAAGGAGAUUAUGUGUUGAAGUUGUGGAGGUUAAAGGAUUUCGAAUCUUCUGUGAAUGAAUGGAAUUUGGUGUACAAUUUGUCUCGUGUGGAUGUUGAGAGUGUGCUGUGUUGUGGUGUGAAGUCACUGCCCCGGCCUUGUUUCACCCACCCUUUUGAUGUUGAUAUAGUCUUCUUUAACACGAAAGAUUGAAUCUUUUCCUUUAAUCUUCGGACUCAAAAGGUGGAGGCUAAUGCUAGCUUCACCGGACAUAAGUAUGUUAUCCCAUUUGUGCUCCCGUGUUGGUCAACUUCGCUUCCUCCCCGGUUGUAUGCUGCCUAUGCGAAAGAGGAGGGCAAUGCACUCUUCAAGAACAAGAAAUUUGAUGAAGCUAUAAAUUGCUAUUCCAGAAGCAUUGCACUGUCACCUACUGCAUUCGCUUAUGCAAACAGAGCAUUGGCAUACCUCAAGGUCUGCAGAUUCCGUGAGGCCGAGGAUGACUGUACUGAGUCCUUGAAAUUGUACAGCGAGUAUGUUAAAGUUUAUGCACGCAGAGCAAUUGCUAGGAAAGAACUUGGUAAUCUUGAAGGAUCUAUGGAGGAUAUCGAUUAUGCCUUGAAGUUGGAGCCACAUAGCAAAGCAAUGAAGGAGCAACAUGCUGAAAUCAAGAUCUUGCUUGAUGAGAAGGCUUCCUGUAUGGGAUCUGCUGCGCAUUUGGAGGAUUAACCGUGCACUUGUUGAUUAGUGUGGUGAAAGAACUGCAUAUGUUGCGGCAUUACAUCAGAAGUACGCUGCUUCCAUUCCACUAAUGAGUAGAAGACCUUGUCCAGCUUAAUUCCUUAGCUUAUCUAGUUGUCCCUCUAAUACUUAAUUAAUUAAGAAGCUUUUUUAGCUGAUAUCAGACCUGUUAGUAUGUCUAUCGUUGCAACUUAGACUAAUGUAGAGAUGACUUGUAUCUAUUGAGACUGCGAGUCUGCAGCACCUUUUCAGUUGAGAUGGUUGUAGAACUUCGGCUUUAUCUGUUGUUAUCAUUGGAACUCAAUGAAUCGUCGUACAAGUUGUCAUACCAUGGUUGGUAUCUUGUUCUUACCCUCCAUUACCACCCUUUAUUUCAGAUAUUGACUCAGUGACUUGA